UAGAUCGGUUCGUAAACUUAAAAAAAAUACCAACUUAUGUUUGUAUCGAUAGCAAUUACAGUUGUACAUCGUCCUCCGUCACGACUGCUCUGAGCUUGGGGUUCCAAAUGGCGACGAACGGCGCUACCGCUGAUCGGAGCGAUCCCAUAAACAAUGUAAAAAUAAGUGUGAAGUUCAACGGACGAUCGAUACCGAUCAAUCUUUCUGUUGAUUCCACCGUCAAAGAUCUAAAAUAUCUGCUUCAACCACUCACUGAUGUUCUUCCCCGCGGUCAGAAACUAAUCUCUAAAGGGAAAAUUCUUGAUGAUGAAGAGAAAUUUAGCUCAUUGGGGACAUACAAUGGAAUCUAUAAGUUACAGCUCAUUGCUUCCCAAGGUCUACAUCAAGGGAGUGGUCCCAUCAAGAACGAAACUACGGUGGCUUCGAAUUUAAGGAGAGUUCCAGAAACCGGUAGAAGGGAGAAACAAGUGACUCUUGUGAAGAGUCAAUCUAAAAGAUGGAAGCUUACUGGGGUUAUAGCCCUGUCUAAUAGUGACGUAAAGGUCAUACCUCAUGAAGUAUGGAAUUGUGGAUCUUCUAUAAGAUUUCUUGAUCUCAACUGCAACUCAAUACAAGAUAUACCAGAAGCUAUUGGUGGUUUGAGUUCAUUGCAGAAACUUCUCUUGAAUGCAAACUGCAUAAAAGAUGAAUUUCUUAGUUGGAAAGGAAUCUCAUCACUGAAAUCUCUCUCUUUCUUGUCUUUGAGCCAGAAUCUUUUGACAAGUUUACCCUCUGAUUUGGGCGCCUUAACUACCUUGAAGGAGCUUCAUGUUGCAAACAACCAGUUAACAUGUCUUCCAGAUGAAAUAGGAUUGCUACUUCAUCUUGAAGUUUUAGAGGCCAAUGACAACAGGAUUAGGGCCAUUCCUUCAUGCAUAGGGAACUGCUCUUCUCUUGUUGAAGCUGAUUUAUCAUCAAAUCUUCUUGUAGAGCUCCCAGAAACCUUCAGCAGUUUGAGGAAUCUUAAGGCUUUGCAUCUUCACAACAACGGGCUGAAAUCACUUCCAUCGACAUUGUUGAAAAACUGCACACAUCUCUCCACACUGGACCUCCAUGGCACCGAAAUAACAAUGGACAUGCUUCGAGAGUUUGAAGGAUGGGAAAGCUUCGAUGAGCGGCGUGUGCUAAAACAUUCGAAACAACUGGCGUUUCGAGUCAAGGGAGCCUCUUAUUUUGAUGAGGGUGCUGAUAAAAGGUAGGAAGUUGGAGUUUUAUCUGCAUUUGUGUAUGUAUGGAGGUUAUUCACAGAAUGUUCAUCGUAAAGCUUUAUAUUUUAUU